AUGGACAACAGCUUCCGCUCCACGGUGCUGCACGGCCCCGACGACGGCGACGAGCGCGACAGGCUGCCGCGCCGCGACGUGGUCAAGGCCGACGCACACCACCACCACCGCCAGUCGCCCUACCCUCCCUACGAGUACUCGCCGCCAAACCACAACGCCAAUCGCACCUCGCUGCUCCACUCGCCGCUGCACAGUCACAGUCACAACCACAGCCCCUACAUGGCAUCGUCGUCGGCUGCCCGCCCCGACGCUGACGCUGCCACGGUCCAUGCGCUGCCUCCAGGGCUCGCCUCGUCGUCGGCCUCGUCGGCCAACCACCACCACACCCACGGCCAAGGCCUGUCGCCGCGUCACAGCAGCACCUACUUCGCACCCUCGUCCGAGGCGUCCUCGCAAAAGCCUGCGUCUGGCAGCUACUACGACCCCACGACCGAUACCACAAACCAGCGUCGGGUCUCAGACUCCUGGCGCGCCUCCACGCCAAAGCCGCCCGACCAGCAUCCGUCCUACUACAACGGCUCCUACGCAUCACCCAGAGCCUCCUCAUACAGUCGGCCGCGCAGCCCGCUGUCCCACUCGCACCCAAAGCUGCCUGCCGGUUCCCUUAGCCCGCCUAGCCACCGGCCUCAAAUGCGCUCGCCUACACGCCGCAUCACCCCCUCGGCAGCCCCGGUAACGGCACCCAACGGCUCCGUCCUGCCGCCCGCCAUGAAGCCCGACCCUUCGGCCGCUUCGUCUCCGAAGCCUGCCGCUGCUUCAAGCACACCUAGCCGUACUGCCGACCCCAUGUCCUUUUCCAACAUCUUGUCUAGCUCCGAGCCAGCCCCAAAGCCGGCAUCUCGGCAGCUUGUCGUCCCCCAGGUCUCGGAACCCGAGCCCGAGCCUGAAGCCGACGCUGAUGCCGAAGCGGACAAAGAGCUUGAUACCGAGCCCGAGCCCAUCACGGCCAAAAAGAUGGAAAUCGUCGUCAAGAAAAAGGCGGCCCGGAGGUCCACCAAGGGCCGUGCCUCCGACAUCAGAGAUGCCGAAGCACCCAAGAGCAAACGCAGAUCGGUGAAGAAGGAGUCGCCUACGCCUCGCCCCUCGUCCAAGCGCCAGGCCAACGGCCUGCCGAAGCCCAAGACCUGGUCGACUGAGAUGGAAAAGAAGAUUCAAAACUCGGAGCUUGUCAUCGACAAUGACGCCUCGAAGCUGGAUCCGACCGAGUUCGACGAGGAGCAAUACAAGGAGCGAGCCACAAAGCGCCGGCGCAUCAUGGCCGACCUUGACAACGACCAGAGCCGCCUUCGCCGCGACGACUUCGCCGACAAGGCCUGCAAGAAGCUGACGUCCCAUUCAGAGCUUGGCAAGCGACGGUACGACGAUGUCUUUUACGACGAGGCACUGCACGAGGUUCGCGAACAGGAACUGUUUGCCGAAAAAGAACGCAAGAAAGACAUGCAACGCAAGCGGCGGCGCGAAAAGUCCAUGGCCGUCACCAUUGAGCAAAAGGAGGCAGCCCUGGCCCGCGCCGUCGCCGCCAUCGACGAGGCCGAGCGUCAGAAGCAUCUCCGCGAUGCUGAGCGGGCCAACAAAAAGGCCGAGCAGACCAAGCUCAUCCUGCAAAAGGGCAUCAAGGGCCCGGCCCGCAACAUUGAGCUCAGCCUCGACGGAGGAGCAAUGUCGAGCUUCCUGGCCUCGGACGCCGAGACCCCCAAGGCCAAGUCCAAGUCCAAGGGCUCCCGGCCCAAGAAGUCCAAGGAACAGAAGCAGGCGGAGAAGGACUCGGCCGAGGCCGCCCAAGCCGCACUAGAUGCCGGCAAGGAGCUGCCGCCCAAGGAAGAGGGCAAAGUCCGCAUCAAGAUCAAGGGCCGGUCCAAGGACAAGGACAAGGAUAAAGACUUGGACAAAGACAAGGAAAAAGACAAGGACAAGGUCAAGGAAAAGGGAAGAGGCAAGGACAAGGCCAGGGCUAAGGACAAGGACAGGCCGGACCUGGAAAAUGACUCGAAAGAUGCCGAGCAGGAAGCCAAGGACGAGGCUGCUGAGCUGGAGAAAAAGUUCACGUCCAAGGGCUACAACCAAAUCUACGAGCAAAUCUGGCGCGACAUGGCCCGCAAGGAUGUCAACAAAACUUUCAAGCUCGCCGUCGACUCCUUCGCCACAAAGGGCUCCAAUCUCAAGAAGACGGCCAUUCUGGCGUCCAAGGAGGCCAAACGAUGGCAGCUGCGGACCAACAAGGGCACCAAGGACCUGCAGGCUCGCGCCAAGCGUGUCAUGCGCGAUAUGAUGAGCUUCUGGAAACGCAAUGAGCGCGAGGAGCGAGACCUCCGUAAGGCCGCCGAGAAGCAGGAAAUCGAGAACGCGCGUCGAGAGGAAGCCGACCGCGAGGCGGCCCGUCAGAAGAGAAAGCUCAACUUCCUCAUUUCCCAGACAGAGCUAUACUCGCACUUUAUCGGCAAGAAGAUCAAGACGGACGAAGUGGAGCGAAGCACCGACCACCCAGAUGUCGCUAAGGACGGCCACGAGGCCUCGGGGAAGAAGCUCGACAUCGCGGAACCUACCGGGCCUCUUGGCGGCAAGGUUACAAGAUUUGAGAACCUGGAUUUUGAUGACGAAGACGAGACUAAUCUCAAGGCCGCGGCCAUGGCAAAUGCCCAGAAUGCCAUCGCUGAGGCCCAGAAGAAGGCCCGCGACUUCAACAACCAGGGCCUGGACAUGGACGAAGAGGGAGAGAUGAACUUUCAGAAUCCGACGGGUCUUGGCGACGUGGAGAUUGAGCAGCCCAAGCUCAUCAACACACAGCUCAAGGAAUACCAGCUCAAGGGCCUCAACUGGCUCGUCAACCUGUACGAGCAGGGUAUCAACGGCAUCCUGGCCGACGAGAUGGGUCUCGGCAAGACGGUCCAGUCCAUCUCUGUCAUGGCGUACCUUGCUGAGAAGCACGACAUCUGGGGCCCCUUCUUGGUCGUCGCGCCGGCGUCGACGCUGCACAACUGGCAGCAAGAAAUUGCCAAGUUUGUGCCCGAGUUCAAGAUCCUGCCGUACUGGGGCAGCGCUGGCGACCGCAAGGUGCUGCGAAAGUUCUGGGACAGGAAGCACUCGACCUACCGCAAAGACGCAGCCUUCCACGUGUGUGUGACCUCGUAUCAGCUGGUCGUGUCCGAUGUCGCCUACUUCCAGAAGAUGCGAUGGCAGUACAUGAUCCUCGAUGAGGCACAGGCCAUCAAGAGCUCGUCCAGCUCGCGUUGGAAGUCGUUGCUGGGCUUCCACUGCCGCAACCGGCUGCUGCUCACCGGAACGCCCAUCCAGAACAACAUGCAGGAGCUGUGGGCGCUGCUCCAUUUCAUUAUGCCUUCGCUCUUCGACUCGCAUGACGAGUUUAGCGAGUGGUUCUCCAAGGACAUUGAGUCGCACGCCCAGAGCAACACGAAACUCAACGAGGACCAGCUCAAGCGCCUCCACAUGAUCCUGAAGCCCUUUAUGCUUCGCCGCGUCAAGAAGCAUGUGCAAAAGGAGCUUGGCGACAAGAUUGAGCUGGACGUUUUCUGCGACCUCACUUAUCGACAGCGGGCCUUUUAUAGUAACCUGAGGAACCAGAUCAACAUCAUGGAUCUUGUCGAAAAGGCCACCAUGGGCGACGACCAGGACUCGGGGACCCUCAUGAACCUGGUCAUGCAGUUCCGAAAGGUGUGCAACCACCCCGACCUGUUCGAACGUGCCGAAGUUCGCUCGCCGUUCUCGUGCGGCUACUUCGCCGAGACUGCGUCGUUUGUACGCGAGGGCAACAACGUGCCCGUCGGCUACUCGACCCGCAGCUUGAUCAACUAUGCGCUGCCCAGGCUUGUCUGGGCUCAAGGCGGUCGGCUCUACAAGGCCGGCAGCGACAACCAACAGGCUGGAUGGAGGAACAAGGCUCUGGGCCACAUGAUGAACAUUUGGGCCCCUGAAAACGUACGUCAAAGUGCCGACGGCUCCCAAGCCUUUUCCUGGCUUCGCUUCGCCGACUCGGCCCCCGGCGACGUGUACAAGGCGGCCCACGAGGGCCUGUUCACGCGAGCCGUGCACGAGCUGCAACGCCACAACCGCCUAGGCCACUUGAAGAUUGUGUACGACGAGGCCGAGGACAACAGCGUCACCCCCGCGCAUGCACUGUUUCAGAUUCGAGCUCGAGCGGACCGCAAGCCUCUGGCGGACGUGACCAAGGAAGGCGUUCUCGACAGCCUGAUGAACAUUGCGCGCCAAGCCUACCGCGACUCGGGCAUGAGCCGGCUCGAGAUGGCUGGAAGACCGCGCGCCUCGGCUCCCCCCGUUGACGUCUCGUGCAACAGCGUAAGUGCGGUCACGGAACGCGAGACCAUCAUGUUCAACGUCGACAUUCGCAAGGCGCUAUACGGCCCGACCCUGGAGGAAGAAAAGUCUCUGGUGGAGAAGAAGGUGCCACUGGCGCUGUGGCCGCCAAACAGCCUCCUCCCGAAGCCGGACAGCGACAAGAACCGGUUCACCAACAUUGUCGUCCCCUCGAUGCAGCGGUUUGUCACCGACAGCGGCAAGCUGGCCAAGCUCGACGAGCUGCUCUCCAAGCUCAAGAAUGAGGGCCAUCGCGUGCUGCUGUACUUUCAAAUGACGCGCAUGAUUGACAUGAUGGAGGAGUACCUGACAUACCGCAACUACAAGUACUGCCGCCUUGACGGCUCGACCAAGCUGGAGGACAGACGUGACACGGUUCACGAUUUCCAGACGCGACCCGAGAUCUUCAUCUUCCUCUUGUCGACGCGAGCGGGUGGUCUGGGCAUCAACCUCACGACGGCGGACACGGUCAUAUUCUACGACUCUGACUGGAAUCCGACGAUUGACUCGCAGGCCAUGGACCGAGCGCACAGACUGGGGCAGACGAAGCAGGUGACGGUGUACCGCCUCAUCACAAAGGGCACAAUCGAGGAGCGGAUCCGCAAGCGAGCACUACAGAAGGAGGAGGUGCAGCGUGUGGUCAUCCAAGGUGGAGGCGCCAGCGUCGACUUUUCUGGCCGUCGCGCUCCCGAGAACCGCAAUCGCGACAUCGCCAUGUGGCUAGCCGACGACGAGCAGGCAGAGAUGAUUGAGCGCCGCGAAAAGGAAAUGCUCGAGUCUGGGGAGCUGGACAAGCAGAAGAAGAAGGGCGGCAAGCGAAAGAAGGCGGAAGCUGCCGCCAGCCUCGAUGACAUGUAUCAUGAAGGCGAGGGCAACUUUGAUGACGGCAGCAAGGGCGGCGCGUCUGGCACUGCGACACCGGCUGAGAGCGAUGUCAAGGGUAAGAAGGGCAAGGUCAAGGGCGGCAAGAGGGCCAAGACGACGAAGCAGCGCCUCGCCAUUGCAGACGGCAAGGUUGACUUUUGA